GGAAGCCUAUGGACGCCUGCCUGCCUGCUGCCGAGAGACAACCUUCCCUUACUCAUCCUGCCUGGCCUCCGUGAUCGCCAGGCUUCCCUGGACUUUGUUCGCCACGUCCGCAGCAUUUAACCGCCUACUAUCGCUCUUUCCCUUAUCAUGAAUCCUCCGUCGUCGCUGGAGGACCAGCUGCGGUCCAUGAUUUUAAACAAUUCUCCGCUUACGCCUACCAACCCGCCACAGGCCAUUGCCCAGCCUCAAUCAGCAGUCCCACCCGCUAACUACCCACCGAGCUCCAAUGUCUCAGCUGACGGCGCUGCGUUACCUCGCGGAGGCGCUGGCGCUGGCCGCUAUCAACAGCAUCGCUCGUCACAUGGUCCCGCUCAUGGCCGAGUCCCGUCUCAGCAAUCGUCAGGCCCGGAAUGGCGCUCGCGUGGCCCGCCGCCUGCCCACCGUGGCUCGCCUCAUCAUCGUGGCCAUUCAGUCCCGCAUCAGCAAUUCCAAGAGUCGCCUGUAGGAAGCGCUGCGUCUCCUAGGGCUCCACGCCAUCAACCUCCGCGCGGACGCGGCUAUGCGGGCCCACCCCAUGGAAGGAAUCACAGCACCCAAGGAGUGCCCUCUAACUCUGCAUCUCCGCAGCAAUCACGCAUGCCCUGGUCUCGCGGUGGAUCUCAUCCGCAAGCAGCGCCAUACCCCGGUUGUGUUGGGGCUUCCGGCGGUGUCCCGCCAACGGCUCCAGGCCAUCCUGUGCAAAUACUGCAGCGCCCUCAACAGCCUGCAGCUUCCGGUAGCCCCAAUCCAAGCCCAGGAUUCCAGGGUCGGCCUCUCAACAAUGGGUACCGCCAGCCUUACCAGAUCCACACUAAGCAUCAAUUGGAAGCUCAGUGUAAUUACCUUGAUGGUGUGGCCACCGUGGAAAUUCCCAAGGUCGCCAUGAGCGAGGAAGAGCUGAAUGAAAAGCAAAGCUUUGUCGACAACCUCGAGAAGAUUUGUCAAACAGAGAUUGCGUUGUUACCUGACGUGCCUAGUCUUGAUUUCAAAUGUUUUGGCAGCAUCGGUACGGGGUUUGCAACCAAGGGCUCCGACAUUGACCUUGCGGUAGUCGCCUCGGAAGAGGAAAACACUGAACUGGCUAAGAAAGCCGGUCCUCGGGCUCUGGAGAAGAUAUUUCUUGACAAGGGUUUUGGUGCGCGACUGUUGACACAUACCCGAGUUCCUAUCAUCAAAUUCUGUGAGAAGCCAUCCGAUGAACUUCAUACGAAUUUGCUGCUAGAGCGCAAGAAAUGGGAUGAUUUGCCUGAGGAUGAGAAGGAGGGCAAGGUAGAACCGCAGGUUGCGACAGGUGAAGGGGAAAAGAGUUCGAAGGCGGAUGAAGCCAAGGAUUCUGAACGGCGCAAUACAGAUACCGCCGCCGACGGAAAAAGUGCUUCCCCCAGCACUUCCCAAAACAACGAGCUGCGGGAGGACAAGAAAGCAAUGCCAAAGCCGUCCACGCCAGGAAUGAUUGACAAGCAAGUUUCUUUCCCUGAAGGUAACCCUCAGGACGCGGGCGAGGAGAAAAAGGAUGUUCAAUCGCAAGGGCAGCAGCGACAUGAGAAGCCAUGGUUGCGCGAAAAGCCGCUGGGUCCACUCGACUUUCCCAAAGAUGGUGUUGGUAUCCAGUGCGAUCUUAACUUCUCAGGCCACCUCGGUAUCUACAACACGAAGCUUCUGCACUGUUACAGCAUCAGUGACCAGCGUGUGCGCGAGAUGGUCAUCUUUGUCAAAGCUUGGGCAAAGACGCGCAAGGUCAACAGCUCAUACAACGGAACCUUGUCAUCGUACGGCUACUCUCUCAUGGUCCUUCACUACUUGAUGCGGAUCCCGGCAGACCCUGUCAUCCGCGACCUUCAACUUGAUAAUACGCAACAAAUCAACGGAAGGCGUCCGACUUGGAUCGACGUCACGAUUAAUGGGGUCAAAGUCAAGUUCUGGGGUGAUGAAGAGUACAUCACGGCCGCGGCACGCAAGGGCCAAUGGACGCUUAACAGAGAAUCUCUCGGCAGUUUGCUUAGAGGCUUCUUCCGUUACUAUGGUUGCCCAGGCCAUCCCGAUCGGGUGGGCGGCUUCCACUGGACGCGCGACGUGAUCACCUUUGGUCAGCGAAUGCCUUGGGAGCGAUUGGUCACCAAGAACGAGCUUGGAUGGACGCAGGCGAGGACUGAGCAAAGAGACAAUGCCAAAGAAGUCCGUCACCGCUACCUCGUCGCCAUCCAAGACCCCUUCGAGCUCAACCACAACGUCGGCCGCACCGUCACGCACCAAGGCAUCUGCGCCAUCCGCGAGGAAUUCCGGCGCGCAUGGCGCAUCCUCGAAGCCGAAGCCGCGGGUCAGCCGCACAAGCAGCUCUUCGCCAGCAUCGACGACGACCCGCCUCCGCCCCAGACGGUCUUGUCUGGCGCGCACAGGCACGGCUCCGGCGCCAACGACGCUGCGGCGGCGGCGGCGGCGGUGGCACAGUCGCCGGGACAAGGCCACACGCCUGCGAGAGCCGGGUCUGGCGAUGCGAGGGCCCGUCAGGGCUCUGCUGCGCAGGCGAAGGCGCAGGCGGGCUUGUCGCCCGCGGAGGCUGGCGCGCUGCUUAAUGGGGUGGGUGCUGGGAGUGCGUAGGGGGUUUGCGAUUGGAUGGGUGGGAUCUGCUGUAUUGCUGUUGCAGGAAAGAAACAUGACAUUUGUGCUUUGCAUGUAUAUGGCACGGUAGUGGGGUAUUACAGCGAAGCGCAAAGCUGAGCUGAGCUGAGUGGAGCAGAUAGGACUGGCUUAGGUACGGAAUGCACGCCGUUAUGUU